AUGGUGACCAGCGUCGCUGUCAAGGCCCUUCUGCUAGCGGCCGCGUCUCUGCCAUUCACUGAUCUGGCUCAGGCCCAAACGAUCCGGGAUGGCAACCAGACCGUCGCUGCCAAUGCAACGACAGUCGCGCCUGGUGCAGCUGACGUGUCUCCCGACUCGGCCGAUUCAGGCGUCAGCUACUUCUCGUUCGAGUCAACCCAGUUGACGCCUGAGGUCAUUGCGAACCUAACCGCGUUGAAUCUGACCGGCAUUGAGUACUUCACUUUCGGCAAUGCGUCGUCCCCCAUGGCGAAGCGGGACUCAGCUGGUUGCAAGGUUCUCCCAGGUGAUGCCGCAUGGCCGUCGGAAAUCGACUGGUUCCUCCUCGAUCUGCUUCUCGGCGGUGCCCUAAUCAAGGGCGUCCCUGUUGCCGCGCCGUGUUACUCCAAUUGGCAUCAGUACAAUGCGGACGAGUGCACAACUAUCACCUCAGAUUGGAACUCUUCAGACUUCCAUGCAUCUCAACCCACCGGCAUUGACUGGCCUCUCUUCGAGGGCGUGACAUGCCUCCCCCCAACUCUCGCGCCCACCAAUGCUACGUGCACGCUCGGCGGCAUGCCGUCGUACAUCGUCAAUGUGACCAAUGUGGCUCAGAUCCAGCUGGCCUUCAACUUCGCUCGCAGCCUGAACCUGCGUCUGAGCGUCAAAAACCAGGGCCACGACUUCAAUGCAAAGAAUGUUGGCGCAGGCUCCCUCUCGGUGUGGACUAAACAUCUGAACGAGAUCCAGUACCUCGGUCCCGAGUUCACCAUCGGCUCAUACAAGGGUCCGGCUCUUAAGAUCGGGUCUGGAGUUGACACGUUGCAGGCCUACGAGUAUGCCGACGCCCUUGGCCUUGAAGUCGUUGGUGGCAUUUCAACUACUGUCGGCCUCGGUGGUGGCUAUAUCGCUGGCGGUGGUCACUCACCUCUGAUCUCGAUGUACGGCAUGGCCGCUGACCAGGUUCUUUCUAUGGAAGUCGUGCUUCCCGACGGUCGCUUCGUCUCAGUCUCUGAGACGAGCUAUCCAGACCUGUUCUGGGCGCUCCGUGGCGGCGGUGGCAGCACCUUCGGUGUGGUGACCUCGCUCGUCAUCCGCGCGUAUCCCAAGCUACCUGUCACCACCCUGACAUUCUCAUUCGGCACCAGCGAAAAUGUCACGAACAACACCUUCUGGGAGGGCAUGGACGCUGUUUGGGCUACGUUCCCUGCAUACGCCGACGCCGGCCACUACCGCUACUGGACCAUCUUGUGCGCCUCGGAGUCAAGCUGUAGCUUUACCAUGUCACCACACUGGGCCAACAACUGCACCUCUGCGCAGCUGCAAGAGUUCGUCGAUCCUCUGUUCGCAAACCUGACAGCGCUUGGCAUGGCGCCUGAGGACGUCGUAUACACCGAGUUCGACGGUGUUUUGAACGCCUUCACCUCCACCUUCCCGGCGUCGAGUGAGGCCGUGGGCACUUGGAGCUAUCAUACAGGCUCGCGCCUGUUCCCGCGUGGCAACUGGGAAAAUGCCACCGCUCUCGCUGCUCAAUCGGCCGCGAUCCGCAAUGCCGCCAUCGAGGCCGGCAUGAUGAUGGGAUACAACAUCAAAGCUGCCGUUAAUCCCACUGUCAACCAGACCAACGCUGUGAAUCCGGCCUGGCGCGACACACUUAUGCAUGGUAUGCUGGGCGCAGUCUGGACCCAGACUGCAACGCCUGAAGACAUUGCCGCUGCUAACCAGGUCUUGACGGAGCGGUUGCAGACGUGGAGGGAUGUGAGCCCUGGCUCUGGCGCGUACAUGAAUGAGGCGGACAUCAACGAGCCGGACUUUCAGCAAUCGUUCUAUGGCAGCAACUACCCGCAACUGUAUGCUAUGAAGCAGCAGUAUGAUCCGUGGGGAGUGCUGUACGCCAUCACUGCGGUUGGGUCGGAGGAUUGGUAUGUCACGGACCAGAUUCCGUACUACCCGACCCAAAAUGGAAGGCUUUGUAGAGUUGAGAACUAA